AUGUCUGAGUCACCGAAGUCCGAGAAAUACAUGUUUCUCACUAGAUACAGCACACCUGUCCCCGAACUCGAUGACCACCGAUUUCAACUGGAUUCGCCUCGAAUGGACGCCGCACCCGAUGUGCCGCUUAGCCGGCAAAAUACCGCGCCGCAGGGUUUGCACCCAGAGACUCCCCAACGCCCAGACCUGCUCCUUAUACAGGACGCCCUGCGAGAGGCCGGGUCCUUUUCGCGCGACUUUGAGCAAGCAAUUGUCGACGACGAUCGAUCGAUUCAAGAUCUCACGGCACUGGGACGUCGUUUCUCUGUUGAUCCCACCGGCAAUGUCCGCCAUGGUCGCACUUACAGCCGCACACAUCAGGAUUAUGCCAACUUGUCGCGCGAAUCAUCCGUAUCAGCUAGAUCAACCUCCCCGCCUAAUUCAGUGGAGGCGUUCGCAGAUCCACGUCGCCGGGAACGGGCGAAUACCCUGGAAAGCCACGGAGCUCCUGAUAUUGAGGCCAUUCUUCAACGUACUGUUUCUGGCGGUACGCACCAUCGCCGUCCCACGUUCAGCAAUGCCAGUGUAAUACGUCCGCAGGCUGGGGACACACAACUGGAGCCCACCGAUGAUGGCUGCGUGCCAACGUUCGAGCAGCCCGGCAGAAUCCCAGUCAUCGAUUACGAAGAGCUGGAAGAGUUUGUUGCACUCAGCCAGCAAGCGAAGCCCACAACAAGCAGACGUAAGCAUAGUCUGAGCUCACAGAGCAAGAAGCCGCGCAUUUUCUACGACCUUCGUGCGGGCGUCCAUAAUUCCGACAGUGAUGGCACGAAACGAUCAUCAAGCACAGAGAAUUCAUCUGAUGAUAUACUGGAUUCAAUUUCCGCGAAGAAUGAAAAGCUAUUCGCGGAAGUUUCGAAUGAGAAGGAGUUACUUGAGAACAUGAAAAAUGAGAAUGAGCCCACCCGGUUUGGCUUUUUCUCUUCCGAAUCUCAAAGUACUGUGCAUGCUGCAGAGUUGGGUGACCUGGUCUUGCCUGGGGAUACUUUUCGUGAUCUCUUCCAGCUUGGCCCGGAAGGUGGCGUCUGGUGGCUUGACGUGUUGAACCCCACAGAAGACGAAGUGGGUGCUUUGUCCAGAGCUUUCUCCAUCCACCCUUUGACAACGGAGGACAUCCUAACCCAGGAAGCUCGUGAAAAGGUCGAGCUUUUCAAGCAGUACUAUUUCGUCUGCUUCAGGACAUUUUAUCAGAUGGAUAAAACCAGCGAGCAAUUCAUGGAGCCCGUGAAUUUUUAUAUGGUUGUCUUUCGCGAUGGUGUGCUUUCGUUCUCAUUCACUGAGAAUCCACAUGCAGCUAAUGUUCGGAAGCGAAUUGGAAAGCUUCGCGAUUAUGUCUCGCUCAGCAGCGACUGGAUCUGUUAUGCCAUGAUCGACGAUAUUGUGGAUAGCUUUGGGCCCGUGAUCCGCGAAAUAGAGGUCGAGUCGGAAGCUAUUGAGGACCUUGUUUUCAUUGCCCGUAUGGAUGAUUUCGAGUCCUUUCUACCACGCAUUGGUGGCCUUCGCAAAAAGGUCAUGAGUUUAAUGCGACUAUUGGGUGGCAAGGCCGAUGUUAUUCGGGGCUUUUCGAAACGCUGCAAUGAGCAGUACUCAGUGACGCCUCGCGGUGACAUUGGCCUAUAUUUAGGCGACAUCCAGGAUCACGUCGUAACCAUGAUGUCUAAUCUGGCACAUUUCGAAAAAAUGCUUAGCCGCUCGCACACCAACUAUCUUGCGCAGCUGAAUGUGACCAACCUCAUGUUGGGUAAUCAUGUCAACAAAGUCCUAAGCAAGGUGACACUCAUUGCCACCAUGCUUGUGCCCAUGAACCUCAUCUGCGGUCUCUUUGGUAUGAAUGUGGAGGUCCCUGGACAACACACCGAGAGCCUUGCGUGGUUCUUCGGGAUCAUCGGCGUCAUUGGUGCUAUUAUCAUCAUUAGUGGAGUGGCCGCACGUCGCUACAAGCUUUUAUUGAACCUGUUGUUCCAUCUACUACUCGGUAACUCUCUCACGACUCGGCUGGCCUCAGCCGUGAGAGGCAGCACAUCUCUUUUGUUUGCGAUUGCCGAUGCGGUUAUUUUCCUGAUCGCUUUCGCUAUGGCUCUUUGCGCUGGUCUCGUCUCUGCUGACGAUGCUGAAGAAGAAUUCUCGUCGCAGCUGGCCGUCACCAGCCAUGGGACCAUAUACCUCGGCGAUGUCGACACACGGUUUGGGUUCCCACUGGAAUCGUUUAAUGGGCUGGAGUUUGAAGAGAUUCGGGGACGAGAACUAGACUUGAUCCGUCGAGCCCCAACGGGGGUGUCAUCCCUAGGAAACAACCAGUACCAGGAAGGCACGCUGAGAUUGGGUGAGACUCAGCAUUGGUAUUUCCCUACAGAUUCGACCGCUGGCGAUAGCAGCAGCACCAACGACACUACUUCGAAACGGAGCGAAGAUAUCGCAAAACGAUCGACGACCAUAUAUCUGUCCCUGACAGCCUGCUCGAAACCGAGUCUCAACAAGUCGGAAGAUGCGACCGGUUCCUCGUCCACUGUGCCACAGCUGCAGGUCUUCGUCUCGCUGUCCGAAUCACUUGAGAAGCCCGGCCCCGACAAAGACAGUGCAGAACAACAGGUGUUUGUCGCGGAGGAGGGCUAUAUGGGCACGACUCUGGCAGCGGACGGGAAUGUGUAUAUCGGGGUCACCGCUCCCAACAACACGCAGUAUUCGGGGUCGUACACGUACCAAAUUGCAGUAUCCACCGAUGCCUUUUUUCACGAUGUAAAUACCGAGGAUCAGCUUCUAUACCUGGUAGACUCGGACACAAAAGCCGCACUCUUCACGACGCAAAACCUCACAGACACAGAUAUUGACGCCCAGGACAUCAGCAUAUGGAUGAACAAGACACCCCCGUACACAAUGUUUGCCAAUAACUUGAACAGCACUGCGGUAUCGGGUCUGGAGCGAUCCUUUUGUGCCCUCGAUCGGCUUGCGCAGAUCGGUAUGGAGGACGUGGAGCCCAGUAUGACUACACGUGGUGACAAGUUCCGGCCCAAGGAGCAACUCUAUGCCACUGGCCUGAAUAAAAGCUCUACCUAUUUAGGGAUCCUCGCCCGAUAUGGCAAUUCUACCAGUGCAGGUAAUGGAAUAAUAGGUGGCGGUGGGAAGGUUUGGAAGCCGAUGAAUUUUUCUACGAAGACAGAGGACAAUUGCGCGCUGGUGUACGACCUUUCAUUCUGUUCAGAAGUCGCCUAUGCCGUGCCAUCGAACUCGUCCGCUCAAACCCCGACCUUACGCACAUUCUAUGACGACAAUGCCGCAUCUCUCUACCAAAAUUUCAAUUACUCCCUACAACAGGUUCAGUGCAAUGCUUCCAGCGAAACCAUUUUUUCCCUCGCUGUCUCCUGCGACAGCUGCGCCGAGGCCUACAAGCAGUGGCUUUGCGCUGUAACAAUCCCCCGGUGCCAAGACUUUUCGAGCACCGACUCCUUUCUUCAAAUCCGCAAUGCGGGCCAGGCAUUUUUAAACGGCACCUCCAUCACCAACAGUAGUUUAUUGACUAACCCUGCCACAAAUCGAUCACGGAAUCCGUUGAUCGACACUGACAUCCAGCCGGGUCCCUAUAAAGAGAUCCUCCCCUGCCAGGACGUCUGCCACAGUCUCGUCCGAAACUGCCCGUCCGCUUUAGGUUUCAGUUGUCCCGUGGGGCAGUGGUUAAAUUCUUCCUAUGGGGUCCGGGACUCAAAUGGCGAUAUCACCUGCAGCUACUUGGGAGCUGCGUACUAUCUGAGUAUGGCGGCGGCCCUGACCGCACUAUGGACCGCGCUGUGGGCAAUUGGAUAG